AUGAGUAAACAAAACCACGUCGUGGUGAUAUGUGGCCCGGCAGGAAGUGGAAAAAGCACUAUUGCUAAAUCACUAGCCUCAGACCUUGCCUAUGUCUACAUCGAAGGCGACAAUUAUCAUACUCAAGACGCCGUCCAGCGGAUGAGCGACGGCCUUCCUCUCACAGAGGCUUACCGCUGGGACUGGCUGAUUCGCCUUCGAGACACAGCCAGAAGCGCCUUAGAUAACAACGCUGUAGGCGUGGUGCUCUCGUGCAGCGCGCUGAAACGAAAACAUCGGGAUGUCAUACGCAUUUUAGCGCUACGGAGUCCGGGAGUGUUUAUGAGUUUCGUCUAUUUGAAGGUUUCAUCGGAUGCUCUGUUGCUGAGGGUGAGGAUUAGAAAAGGCCACUACAUGAAGGAAGAUAUGGUUGACAGCCAGCUGGCCAGUCUUGAGGAGCCCGACAUUGCAGAGGAGGAUGUCAUGACUGUGGAUGCUAGCGACACAAUCGUGUCUGUUUGCGGGACGGUCAAGAGCGAGGUGAUGGAAAGGAUUUGUUUAUUGGAGUGA